AUAAAAAUUAACUAUGGUAUUAACUUCAGAUGCAUUGAUUUCAGUGGCAGACUCUAUUCUAGACUCCAUGGGGGACUUGGAGAAACUUGAAUAUAAUAAGAAAGGUAGAAAGUAUCGAUUUGUUAAUAAUAACUUCCAACGUAUUCGUGAAGAAGAUAAACAUCUCAUAGUAAAUCCAGAUAAAUUAGAUGAUUUCGUAUCGGUCCAAUCAGCUUAUUACAUCUUACUGAGUAUUGGAGAUGGUGAGUUGAUUACAAAUUAUCCUGAUUUCUGUCUAUCGAUCAUUGGGGUCGCUAGAGAACUUGAGGUGAAUAAAUGGUAUGAAGAAGGUUCUUCGGUGACUACAGCUGCUUAUGCAAAAUAUAAUCCUGUGGAAGUCAAAGAAGAAGCCUUGGAAUUUUAUAAAAAGGUCACAGAAACCCAUAUCACCCAGGGUCUCAAUUUAUUAAUGAUAUCCAAAUUAAACUUUUUGCAUACAGAUCACCAUAUUGGUACUAAAUUGGAAGGACAUUAUAUGUCAUUAUUCAUUAGUCUGUACUAUGGGCAAGAUUCAUUGUCAUCUCAUGAUAUUUUAAUUGCAUUAAAAAGUUUUGUACAUUGGGGCAAUAUUAAAGGGAUCUUGUUUAAAUUAGAAGUUCCAAACAUAAAUGUUGAUGAAGAAUUGAAAGAAAACUUUAAAAAAUUCCCCGAUCCAAUGGAAGAAUUUAAAGUUCAUGUAUAUGAUAGAUAUCCUUCUGGUACUUCCAAAUAUUCUUUGAUAAGAAAGUCCAUUGAUGUUUUAGCUGAUUCUCCAUUCGCUAAAUUGGUUCCUUAUCCACCUCCAUCAAAGGAUUCUAAAGUAUAUGAUUUACAAUGGAUUUAUCAAUUAUGUCAUGAUAUUGAAAAAAAUCCAAUUAAAUACCAUUUAAGAUCUUCCAUUAAGAACCUUUCUAUAGAUGAACCAAUAAAUUUGACUGAAUUGUCAAAUACUUAUAGCACAAAUAUUGCAAGCAUUCUUGCAUAUGUGUCAAUAUUUAUGAAUGUCUUUGAAAACACUGAUGGAAGUUUUCUAAUGCAACAUUCUAAGAUACCAAAAUUCAAUGAGUCAUUGAUCUCAAAGUAUCAAUCAACGUAUGAUUGUUUGAAUACCGUCAGUGCAAAAGUCAAUGACUAUAAAGAUAAGAACUGGAACGAUGAAGAUAUUGUCUUACGAUUGGAACACGAACUGUCCCUCCCUUCGUUAUACGAAGCUGUAUUAGAAAUGAGAGAAUUAUUUUCUGAUGAUUACGAAUAGAAAACAUUAUCAAAUAUAGUAUAGUUUAAAUAUUUUUUUUUUUCUAAUAAGUAAAUAAGGAUGAAGUAGUGGGUCAUAUGAAUAGCAUUUUUUGUUCUCGAAGUUAUCGGUAGAAACUUCUUUCUUUUUUCCCU